AUGAAACAAUAUCCAAUUAUUAUAUAUCCAGAUAAUAACAUUACAAUUCUUUUAUUUAAAAAUGUUGAAAACAGUAAAGAGAUCAAAGAGUUAAUUACAAAUAACCAAAUGGAAUGUGCAAUUGCAAACUGUAAACCAAUUUAUGAUCAUCAACAAAUACUAAUUGCAGCAACAAGAUCAAUUGGAUGUUUACUCGAAGCUAAAAAGCCAAACUAUAAUAUAAACAAAGAUAUAAUUAAUAGAUUGUCACCCUCUGGAAACUAUACAGAGGCAUUUAAUAAUUUCGGUUUAAAUAGUGACGAUAAAGAGUUUUUUGUAUUUUUAUUUAAUGCAUCAGAAGAUAAAAUUAAAAAAAUAAGAGAAGUUAUUAAAGGUGAAGAAGUUGAUAUUUCAAACAACACUAUAAAUCCAUUUUUUGAUGUUGAAAGUGCCAAAAAAUUAUAUAAAAUUACAGAAUCAGAUUUACCAACUAAUUUAGAACAAAAUGACGAAUUCUUUGAAAAAUUAAAAAGAUUAAUUAUUAAUAAUAUGGCCAUUAAAGGUUUAUUGUAA